AUGUGUAACUGUAAUGUAUUGCCGGAUGAUUAUACCUUAGCGACCAUGGCCAAAGUUUCCGGCGAGGUUCAGGACUUGGUUGCAGGGAAAUCUGUUCAUGGGAAGAGUAUAAGAGUGGGGUUUGUUUUGGAUACUGUUGUUGCCAAUUCUCUGAUGUCUAUGUAUUGUAAAUGUGGGAAUUUUAGUGAAUGUAGGAAAGUAUUCGAGGAAAUGCCUCAGAGAAACGUGGGGUCUUGGAAUGCGAUAAUAGCAGGAUAUGCAAGUUCCGUGGAUCAUGGUUCUGAUAAGGAAAUUUGGGAAAUUGCUAAAUGCAUGCUGAUGAAUGGGGUGAAACCUGACGGGUUUAGUGUUUCAAGUCUUUUGCGUUUGUGUGGAGGUGAUGAUAUUGAGAAAUGGGAUUACGGUAGCGAACUUCACUCUUAUAUUCUUAAGUAUGAAUUGGAUUUAAAGUGGGGUUCAGAUGUUCAUCUCGGGUGUUGUUUGAUUGAUAUGUAUUCUAGGAGUUAUAGAGUUGAUUUGGGUAGACGGGUAUUUGACCGCAUGAAGUGUAGAAAUGUAUAUGCUUGGACUGCCAUGAUCAAUGGUUAUGUGCAGAGUGGAGCUCCCGAUGAAGCAUUGGUUCUGUUGCAAAAGAUGCAGGUCGAAGAUGGAAUACAACCCAAUAGAGUAUCCCUAGUAAGUGUCCUUCCUGCUUGUAGUUCACAUGCUGGUUUAAUGCGUGGGAAACAAAUUCAUGGGUUUGCUAUCAGGAAGGAAAUGAAUCAUGAUGUAUCGUUAUGUAAUGCUUUGAUCGAUAUGUACUCGAAAUGUGGGAGCUUGGAUAUUGCAAGGCGAGUCUUUGAGGAUGAUUCUUUUUGUAAGGAUGCAAUCUCUUGGAGUUCAAUGAUUUCAGGAUAUGGUUUACAUGGAAGAGGUGGGGAAGCCAUUGUUUUAUAUAGUAAGAUGCUUCACCUUGGAAUCAAACCAGACACAAUAACUAUAGUUGGGAUCCUUUCCGCUUGUGGCAGGUCAGGACUGGUAAACGAAGGCCUUUCCAUCUAUAGCUCUUUAUCAACUGAUUUUGGAAUUAAACCAACAGUGGAGAUCUGUGCUUGUGUGGUGGAUCUGUUAGGCCGAUCAGGAGACCUCGAUGGAGCAUUAAAUUUCAUCAAAAUGAUGCCUGUAGAACCUGGUCCAAGUGUUUGGGGGUCUUUAGUUUCUGCUUCUUUGUUGCAUGGGAAUCGUGACAUGCAAGAUCUAGCUUACAGGUUCCUUAUUCAACUAGAACCCAAAAACCCGUCAAAUUAUAUUUCGCUAUCGAACUUCUAUGCUUCUUCUCGGAGGUGGGACGUUGUAGCUGAAAUGAGAAGAAUGAUGAAAGAAAGAGGUUUGAAGAAGGCACCUGGGUGCAGCUGGAUAAGCAUUAAUUCCAAGACUCAUUGUUUCUAUGUUGCUGAUAAAGCACAUCCUUGUUCUAAUUCGAUCUAUCAGAUGCUUGGCUACCUUAUCUUAGUGAUGAAAGGAGCCAGCUAUUCUGAUGAUUUUGAACAUCCAGCAUAG